AUGAACCAACAGUAUAAGGAAAAGGUGCGUCCCUGCAUUGACCUCAUGGACUCUCUUCGCUCUCUGGGUGUAGAGAAGGACUUAGCGCUGCUUGCCAUCGGCGUGAUAGGAGACCAAAGCUCGGGGAAGAGCUUUGUGUUGGAGGCGCUGUCAGGGGUGGCUGUGCCAAGAGGCAUCUUCACUAAUUCAGGCUUUGUGACAAGAUGUCCUCUCGAACUGAAGAUCAAGAGAAGGAGAGAAGGAGAGGAGUGGUACGGGAAGAUAAGCUACCAGAACCAUGAAGAAGAGAUAAAAGACCCUGCACACGUGGAUAGCAUGAUUAGAGAAGCUCAGAAUAAAAUGGCCAGGGUCUGGGAGGGGAUCAGUGAUGACCUCAGUCUAGAGAUCGCCUCUCCUGAUGUUCAAGACCUGAUGCUCAUUGACCUGCCCGGCAUCACCAGGGUGGCUGUAAAAGGACAACUGGAGAACAUUGGAGAGCAGAUAAAUACACUAAUCCAGAAGAUUAUAACAAAACAACAGAUCAUCAACUUGGUGGUGGUUCCAUCCAACGUGGACAUAGCAACCACACAGGCUCUGAAGAUGGUACAGGAGGUGGAUCCUGAUGGAAACCGGACUUUGGACCUGGUGGACAAAGGCACAGAAGAGUCGGUGGUUGAAAUUGUCCGUAAUUUGGUAAUUCAACUGAAUAAGGGCUACAUGAUUGUCAGAUGCAGGGGUCAGAAGGAGAUCAUGUGUCUCUUACGGAAGCAACAAGAAGAGAAAAGGCCUUCUUCAACGAUCAUGUGCAUUUCAAGGCAGGACUCCUCUGGGCUUUUGUCUCACUCUUGGGGCAGCUGA